UUUGGGGAUUAUCUUUUUCGGUUCUGAGAGAACCUGUGAACAAUGACUGAAUCAGUGCCGGAAUCAGGUCAUAUACCCGCCGGAGAAUCCAAGAUUAUCCCUGUCGAGGCCGAAAGCAUCAAGCAGAGAGUCGAAGAGGUUGUACAAUGGGUUGAUUCGCUUGAGCAUAAACUGACAGAAGUAGAAAACUUUUACUCGACCAUUGCCCUCUCAAACUCUGCCUCUAGACAUGUUGUUGGGAUCAGGAAGGUCCAACAAGAGGCUGCUCGUAGAGAGGCCGUUGCUGCAAAGAGAAUGCACGACCUCAUGCGUCAGUUCGGAACAAUCUUCCGUCAGAUUACUCAGCACAAGUGCGCAUGGCCUUUUAUGCACCCUGUCGAUGUAGAAAGUCUUGGUCUUGAUGACUACUAUGAGGUUAUUGAUGAGCCCAUGGACUUCAGCACGAUAAAGAAUCAGAUGGAUGCUAAAGAUGGUACCGGGUACAAACAUGUAAUGCAAACCUACGCUGAUAUGCGGCUAGUCUUUGAGAACGCAAUGAAGUAUAAUGAAGAAGCUAGUGAUGUCUACUCUAUGGCCAAAACAUUACUGCAAAAGUUUGAGGAGAAAUGGGCACACUUUCUUCCUAAGGUUCUAGAAGAGGAGAAAAUACGGGAGGAAGAGGAGAAGCAAGCGGCAAUGGAGGCGCUGCUAGCAAAAGAAGCAUCUCAUACCAAAACAACUAGAGAUUUGAGCAAUGAGAUUUGCAAUGUUAAUGACGAGCUGGAGAAGCUAAGGAAUGUAGUUGUGGGAAGAUGCAGGAAAAUUACAAGUGAGGAGAAACGUAAUAUUGGUUUUGCAUUAUUGAAACUGUCAACGGAUGAGCUACAGAAGGUGUUGGGUAUCGUUGCUCAGGCUGAUCCUAGAUUUCAAACUAGAGCAGAAGAAGUGACAAUUGAGAUGGACGUACUGGACGAACCAACACUGUGGAGGCUAAAGUUUCUUGUGAAGGAUGCGUUGGAGAAUGCAACGAACAAGAAGAAAGAAGAGAAAAUAAAGACUGGAGAAUGUAGAGGGACAAAACAAAACAAUGAGGUUUCUAACAAGCGAAAUGCAGUGAACAAGUUAGCAGAGAGAAGAACCAAGCGGCCAUGCUUGUGAUCCACAGACAAUUAACAUCUUCUCUUUCUAUGAAUGUUCUGCAAUCGUUGUGUAUAUCAGAAACAAAACUAGCUUCUUUUCUCGUUUGGAUUUUACUAAUCAACUUUCAGAAAGGCUUUAGCUUUAUUGACACAUGUUCCUCU